GCUCAAUGACGUUCAAAGAUGGCUGCGCCCAUGUACCGGUAACAGCUGUUGUCUUUUUUCCCUCCUUGUCACCUGGUCCCUGUGGUAGCUGACUGAGCACAAAGACCAUGCUGGGCCGGACCCUCCGAGAAGUUUCUGCAGCACUGAAACAAGGGCAAACUACUCCAACAGAGCUCUGUCAAAAAUGCCUAACUCUUAUUAAGAAGACCAAGUUUCUAAAUGCUUAUGUUACUGUAUCAGAGGAGGUAGCCUUAAAGCAAGCUGAAGAAUCAGAAAAAAGAUAUGAGAAAGGUCAAUCACUUGGAGAUUUAGAUGGAAUUCCUGUUGCAGUAAAAGACAACUUUAGCACAUUUGGCAUUGAAACAACAUGUGCAUCAAACAUGCUGAAAGGUUAUGUACCACCUUAUAAUGCUACAGUAGUUCAGAAGUUGUUGGAUCAGGGAGCUCUACUUAUGGGAAAAACAAAUUUAGAUGAGUUUGCUAUGGGAUCUGGAAGCACAGAUGGUGUAUUUGGACCAGUUAAAAACCCUUGGAGUUAUUCAAGGCAAUAUAGAGAAAAGAGGAAGCAGAAGCACCCUGACGAGCAUGAAGAUUCAAACUGGUUAAUAACUGGAGGAAGCUCAGGCGGUAGUGCAGCUGCCGUAUCAGCAUUCACAUGCUUUGCGGCAUUAGGAUCAGAUACAGGAGGAUCAACCAGAAAUCCAGCUGCUCACUGUGGGCUUGUUGGUUUAAAACCAAGCUAUGGACUAGUUUCCCGUCAUGGUCUCAUUCCCUUGGUGAAUUCCAUGGAUGUGCCAGGAAUCUUAACCAGAUGCGUGGAUGAUGCGGCAGUUGUCUUGGGUGUACUGGCUGGACAUGAUCCCAAAGACUCUACUACAAUACAAGACCCUGUUAAACCAUUUAUGCUUCCCAGUUUGACAGAUGUGAGCAAACUAUGUAUAGGAAUUCCAAAGGAAUAUCUUGUCCCAGAAUUAUCAACUGAAGUACGGUCUCUUUGGUCCAAAGCUGCUGACCUCUUUGAGUCUGAGGGGGCUAAAGUAAUUGAAGUGUCCUUGCCCCACACAACUUAUUCAAUUGUCUGCUAUCAUGUAUUGUGCACAUCGGAAGUGGCAUCGAAUAUGGCAAGAUUUGAUGGACUAGAAUAUGGUCACAGAUGUGACGUUAAUGUGUCUACUGAAGCCAUGUAUGCUGCAACCAGACGAGAAGGGUUCAAUGAUGUGGUGAGAGGAAGAAUUCUCUCAGGAAACUUUUUCUUAUUAAAAGAAAACUAUGAGAAGUAUUUCAUAAAAGCACAGAAAGUGAGGCGGCUCAUUGCCAAUGAUUUUGUGAAUGUUUUUAACUCAGGAGUGGAUGUCUUGCUAACUCCUACUACCUUAAGUGAGGCAGUACCAUACUUGGAGUUCAUGAAAGAAGACAACAGAACCCGAAGUGCCCAGGAUGAUAUUUUUACACAGUCUGCAAAUAUGGCAGGACUGCCAGCAGUGAGCGUCCCUGUGGCCCUUUCAAGCCAGGGGUUGCCAGUAGGACUGCAGUUUAUUGGACGUGCAUUUUGUGACCAACAGCUUCUGACAGUUGCCAAAUGGUUUGAAAAACAAGUACUAUUUCCUGUUAUUCAACUUCAAGAACUAAUGGAUGAUUGUUCAGCAGUCUUUGAAAAUGAAAAGUUAGCUUCUGUUUCUCUACUAAAACAGUAGUGAUGAAAACAUCAUGCAAAUUAAAAUGAUUCAUUAAAGCUUUUAUCCUCUAGGGAAGUCAAGUGAUAAUGCUAAAUUCUUGUAAUUAGUUUCAUUGUCAACAUACCCAUUCCUUGGGAUCACUUUUUUAAAUUCUUGUGAUACAAGUUAAUUUAUUAUAAAUAAUCUGUCAGUCAUCAUUUAUUAAGCCUCCCCUAAGUGCGAAGUACAGACUUUGUACUGUAGCACAAUUUGUAUGUUCAUGAAAAAUGAUGCAUUUUGUAAAAUUGUGCAUUACAAAGAAAAAGGUUUACGUUAAAAAAAAAAAAGUUCGGGAGUUAACCUCUCAAAACUCGUGCAUCUUUGUAACAAGAGCGCUAACAAAAACAAUAAUUCACACCUCCAGCGAUAAUCCUGACCCCCAAGGUAGGCCAUCAGCUUGUGGUAGAGGCUGCCCCAGGGGAUGUUAAAAAUGAACAAAAACAAUACAAUAGAAAUGUUAGCUUCUGGGUGCUGAGCAAAGCAGAUGGAGGAGGCACUCUGUUCACAGGAGGAAGUACAACCUGCUGGGGACCCAGAGUCACGAACGACUGGGGGUUUGCCUCUCUGGGGAGAAGUCCCAGGUGCAGGCGCGCCUUUUAUUUCUUUAAAAUUAGAGCUGAAAUGACUGAGGGUUUUUUUCUUUUCCUGUUAAAAUUUUAUUUCUGGUAUUCUAGACCUUCCUGCCAAGGAGUCAGAAUAAACUUCCGUGUUACCCUGAGUUCAUUCUCCUAUUUACUGAUUGCAAAAUGAGCUGAUUGACACCAUAGAAACAUUUGUUGUAAUCUAACAGACCAUACUGGAAACAGUGGAUGUUUUAGUGAGAGAAGUUGGAGAUACACAAAUAAUAUACAAUCUGAGAAACUUGGAGAUAAUUUGGUGAGGGUGGCAAAGGAAGGAAGCCCAUGGCAGGGUCCUCCUUCUCCCAGAUUCUCUAUUCUCCCUAGUUUCCUUACCUUCUUAACUUUCUUUGCAAGUGCUCCCUAUUUGGGCCCAUUGCACCCAAAGAGACAUGAACGGGGAGCUGUAUUCUAUUAUCUCAUGUUGAUUAGGCAUUCUGAUUUGGCUCUUCUAUACUAGUAAUCCAUAGGAGUAGGAAGCUGAAUUAUUAUUUAGUGAAUUCACUUGUUUAAUAAGAAAAAUCUUUGAAACAUGAUAUAUAUGAGAGAAAAAUAAUAAAAGGGGCAGAACCUCUGCAAUGAUGCAUCAUAGAAUUUGACCUGCUUGUGUUUGCACAUUAUAAGACAAAACUUAUUAGAUUUACUUUUCAUUAACAGUUUGUCUCCUGCUUAGAAUCCUCCCACUCAAUGUAAUAAACUUUACAUAAAUCUUGAUGUGCCACACUCACCCAUAUUAUAAAUUUUGACCCUGAAUCCCUGUAAGAGGAAGAGAUCCAUAAAAGAUACCACUGAAUGCAUUACUUCAUAACAAAAGGAAGCCAUCUUAGUUGAAGGAGCUAGUAUGAUGUAAAUGGCUAGCAAAUAAGCACAUUUUUGCCAAAGUCUUUUAUUUAUGUGUGUACAAUUUGAAAUUAAAUUUGUUCAAGGAA